AAAGCAAAGGCUUUUAUGGGUAGGCGGCGUGUUAGUUGGGUUACUUUUACAAGAAGAAGGAAGGAAGAACACAAUGACAAUCUAAGCUGAAAGGACACCAUUGGGAUAUUCUUUCCUGUCUCAUUCUCAUUGGGAAUUCUGAUUCAAUCUCUGCUACAAUGAUGACACCCAUUGGAAUUAGAAUUCGAAAACAAAUUCCUCUUUCCUAUCACUACUCUUCUAUUCAAGCACUCCUCUCUCGCUUCACUCCUACUCCCUACAAUCCAAUUUCAAAUUCAUCUUCAUCCACCCAAACCAUUCCAACCCAAUUUCAUGAAUCUCAAUGUACAAACCCCAUUUCGAGACCCACCGUCUUUCUCUUUGAUCCACCUCCUAUCAGAUUCACGCAUACCAAGUCAUUCUCCACAGACCCAUCAUCAUUAGACUUCCCCUCUAAUCAACCCCCAGUAGUUUCCACCAUCAGCUCACACCAUAAUAUUUCCCAGCCUAUUGAUGCAGGCUCUUCCAUCCGAAAACCCAUCAGUUUAUGGCCUGGAAUGUUCAAUUCACCCGUCACAAAUGCUCUAUGGGAAGCGCGAUCCAACAUGUUUGAGAAAUACGGUGAGCCGACAGCAGAUCCUCCUUCGCAGAGCGAAUUGGUCACCAAAAGUCCGGCACAGAGCCGGACCAGUAUUCUGUACAACUUGUCUUCUGAUUAUGCACUCAGGGAGCAUUAUAGAAAUCCUUGGAAUAUGAUAAGAAUUGGAAAGUUGCUAGAGGAUCUUGAUGCUCUUGCUGGAACCAUUGCAUUCAAGCACUGCACCAACGAAGAUGGCAUGUCAAGGCCUCUACUAUUGGUGACUGCUUCUGUUGACAAAAUGGUUCUGAAGAAACCAAUUAGCAUUGACACUGAUUUGAGUAUUGUUGGUGCUGUUACAUGGGUCGGACGGUCGUCCAUGGAGAUUCAACUCCAAGUGCUUCAGACAACACAUGAAUCCUCAGAUCCAUCGGACUCCGUUUCUCUGGUAGCAAACUUCACAUUUGUGGCACGUGAUUCAAAGACUGGAAAGUCAGCUGUGAUAAACCAGAUCUCACCUGAAACUGGUGAAGAAAAAUUGCUUUGGAGAGAAGCAGAUGAAAGAAACAAAAUGAGGAAAAUGAAGAGAAAAAUUCAAAAAGACUUGGAGUUGGAGAAGCAGUACAUUGAGAGGCUCAAUGCAUUGUUGGCAGAAGGGCGUGUCUUUUGUGACCUGCCUGCACUGGCAGACAGAAACAGCAUCCUUAUGAAGGAUACUUGCCUUGAGAAUUCUUUCAUUUGCCAGCCUCAGCAAAGGAAUAUCUAUGGUCGGAUUUUUGGAGGAUUCUUAAUGCGUAGAGCUGUUGAAUUGGCUUUCUCAACAACAUAUUCUUUUGCUGGUGUGGUAACACAUUUUCUAGAAGUAGAUCAUGUUGAUUUCCUUAGACCUGUGGAUGUUGGAGAUUUCCUGCGUUUGAAAUCCUGUGUUCUGUACACAGAACUUCAGAACCCCACUGAACCUCUGAUAAACGUGGAAGUUGUUGCUCACGUUACAAGGCCUGAACUAAGGUCCAGUGAGGUAUCCAACAAAUUCUAUUUUACUUUCUCCGUUGGCCCUGAGGCUGUUAAGGACGGUCUACUUGUUCGGAAUGUUGUUCCUGCCACUGAAGAGGAAGCCAGACGGGUGCUUGAGCGAAUGGAUGCUGAGACUCCCCACCCACACUCCCAAUACGAAAAUGAAAUCUAAAUGUAGUUUCAAGUUCAAGUGCAGUUUCAAGUUCAAGUGCAAUGGCCACCAGACUUGUAGCCUCUCAUCUCUCAUUAUAAUAAAUAAAAACAUGCCACUCAGUUGGUCCAAAGUUACUGGAUAUAGAAUAUGGCGACUUGUUCAAA